AUGCUCAAUUUUCAGAAAUUUUCUCUUGUAUCAUUCACGUUGGUGUUUCUGCUACUAAAGUCUGUCACAGGGAAUAACCACUACACUCAGAAAUGUGGACGCGUUCAUAUUCAAUUUCCAUUUUAUCUCAAAAACAACAACUUGAAUAACGCCUCGGACUUUCCACCGGGGUUCGAUCUGUUAUGCACCGAAAAACAUGAGACUGUGCUGGAGCUUCCUGUUGUUCCAAUCAAACUAUUUGUCAAAAACAUUGAUUACAAAUCUCAGCAAAUUGAAAUAUAUGACCCUGAUAAUUGCCUUCCCAAUCAGCUCUUGAAACUCGGCAACGCAUCCGUUUCUCCAUUCCAAAUCUGGUCACGAAAUGAUGGUCCUAACGGGUCUGCCAUUGCCUUCUUCCGUUGCGACAUGUCGUCGUGUCCUGUUUUGCUACUUCAAUCUUACGCCGACGCUAAUGACCCCCAAAUAUUAUCCUGCACCAAAGUGAAAGACGUUCAGUCUGUCAAGUGGGGACUAUCGUAUUUAUUUAACAAUAAAUUGUUGAUAGCAUGGUCGAAACCUAACUGUGGAUCCUGUGAAGCAAAAGGCCAGAAAUGUAAAUGGAAGAAUUAUACCAAGGGGGAAACUGAAUGUUUCGUUUGGUCAACAAACAGGAUUUCCACAUCAACUAUUGUACUUAUCACUGCGGGAGGAAUAGUUGGUUUGAUGAUUUUGCUGCUACUGGCGAAGGCAUUGUUUCAUGUGUAUGACUAUUAUGAGAAGAAAGGAGAAGACCAGGCUCGGAUAGAGAAAUUCUUGGAGGAUUACAGGGCAAUGAAGCCUGCCAGAUUCACUUACGCUGACAUAAAGAGAAUCACAAAUGGGUUUAGCGAAAGUUUAGGAGAAGGAGCUCAUGGAGCAGUGUUCAAAGGAAUGCUCUCCCGAGAAAUUCUCGUUGCUGUGAAGAAACUCAACGACACAAUGGGAGAUGGGAAGGAUUUCAUAAACGAAGUGGGAACCAUGGGCAAAAUUCAUCACGUCAACAUUGUUCGCUUGCUCGGAUUCUGUGCGGAUGAGUUCCACCGUGCUCUUGUCUACGAUUUCUUUCCAAAUGGGUCAUUGCAGAGAUUCCUGACUCCACCUGACAACAAGGAUGUUUUCCUUGGUUGGGAGAAGUUGCAACAAAUUGCUCUUGGUGUUGCCAGAGGGAUUGAGUAUCUCCACCUUGGCUGUGAUCAUAGAAUACUUCACUUUGACAUCAACCCUCACAAUGUUUUGCUAGAUGACAACUUCGUCCCAAAAAUCACUGAUUUUGGACUUUCCAAGUUGUGUCCCAAAAAUCAGAGCAUAGUGUCUAUGACUGCAGCCAGGGGAACCUUGGGCUACAUUGCCCCGGAAGUUUUCUCAAGAAACUUUGGGAAUGUGUCUUACAAGUCUGACAUCUAUAGUUAUGGAAUGUUGCUGCUGGAAAUGGUUGGAGGAAGAAAGAAUACAAAUCCGUCGGUUGAGGACAGUUUCCAAGUUUUGUACCCAGAGUGGAUCCAUAAUUUGUUGGAAGGCAGAGACAUGCACAUUAACAUUGAGGAUGAGGGAGAUGCUAAAAUUGCGAAGAAACUAGCCAUUGUAGGACUUUGGUGCAUUCAAUGGAACCCAGUGGACCGUCCAUCAAUAAAAACUGUGGUGCAAAUGCUUGAAGGGGAUGGAGAUGAGUUAGUAGCACCACCUCCUCCUUUUGACAUCUCUUCUUCCACAAAAAAUGUCCUUGUUCCACCAUCAAGACGUCAGAAUUUUGAAUUGGAAGUUAUUCAUGAAAUAGAAGAGUAA